UUCAGUUUCACAUUUUUUUUUUGCUCUCUGUUUUCUCACCAAUUCCUCGCAAAUGUACCUGCCCAUUUCUCCCACCUUUUCUCCUCCAUUUCUUCAGCAAACUCUCAAGUUAUGAUCUCCAAAAUGUCUAAUCUUCAGGAAUUAGAUUUCGCCUUGGUCCUGCUCUAGAUUGAUCUGCUGAGUGGAGUUCUUCUGAUUGUCCUUAUUGGUGGCUGUCCUUGUAUAUUGAUUCAUUGCCGGGGUAUUGGAUCUCGUGGCUUCUUUGGAGAAUUGAACCUGCGAUAUGGGUUCUCGAUUCCCCUCUCAUCAGUUGAGCAAUGGCCUAUAUGUAUCAGGCAGGCCUGAGCAGCCGAAAGAGAAAACUCCAACAAUGAGCUCAGUUGCCAUGCCGUAUACUGGAGGAGAUAUAAAAAAAUCUGGAGAGCUAGGAAAAAUGUUCGACAUCCAUGGGGAUGGCUCCAGGUCCCGAAAAUCAGGUCCCAUAAACAGUGCUCCAACAAGGACAGGUUCUUUUGGUGGUGCAGCUUCUCACUCGGGGCAGUUGAAUUCUGUGAGAAGUGGCUCGAUUUCAGUUGGUGGGGUUCCUGGGUCAGUUUCGAUGAAGAAGACAAAUUCUGGCCCACUUAAUAAACAUGGUGAACCAUUGAAGAAGUCGUCUGGUCCUCAGGGAGGUGGGACUGCUGUAUCUCGCCAAAAUUCGGGUCCUAUUCCUCCGGUUCUGCCUACCACCGGCCUCAUUACGUCCGGGCCUAUUACAUCAGGUCCCCUAAAUUCAUCGGGGGCUCCUCGCAAAGCUUCUGGUCCUUUGGAGUCUAUAGGUUCAAUGAAGAUGCACAAUGCUUCUUUAGUGAAUAACCAGGCUGUUACCCAUCUUAGCCAGGAUGAUGAAUAUUCAUUCCGUAAGAGCUUCCCGAAGCCAAUUCUUUGGGCCAUCAUUCUUCUCUUCGUUAUGGGAUUUAUCGCUGGUGGCUUUAUCCUUGGAGCUGUUCGCAAUCCCAUCCUUCUCGUUGUUGUGGUUAUUCUUUUUGCUGCAGUUGCUUCUGUAUUCACCUGGAAUACAUGUUGGGGAAGAAGGGCUGUUACUGGUUUUAUAGCCAGCUAUCCAGAUGCAGAGUUACGAACUGCAAAAGAUGGCCAAUUUGUCAAAGUCUCUGGGGUUGUUACCUGCGGAAAUGUUCCUCUUGAGUCAUCAUUCCAGAGAGUUCCUCGAUGUGUUUAUACAUCUACAAGCUUGUAUGAAUACCGGGGAUGGGAUUCCAAAGCUGCAAACCCGACACACCGACGCUUUACCUGGGGCCUCCGGACAUUAGAGAGGCACGUUGUUGAUUUCUAUAUUUCCGACUUCCAAUCUGGUUUGCGGGCACUGGUCAAGACUGGCUAUGGUGCCAGGGUAACUCCUUACGUUGACGAGUCUGUUGUGGUCGACAUCAAUCCAUCCAACCGGGAUAUGUCUCCUGAGUUCGUCAGAUGGUUAGGAGAAAGAAAUCUUUCUAGUGACGACCGUGUAAUGCGUCUCAAAGAAGGAUACAUAAAAGAAGGUAGCACUGUGAGUGUUAUGGGAGUCGUGCAACGGAAUGAAAACGUACUAAUGAUCGUCCCCCCACCAGAACCCUUCUCGACAGGAUGCCAGUGGAGUAAGUGCAUCCUUCCAGCCAGCCCUGAAGGAGUUGUGUUGCGAUGCGAGGACACAUCAAAGGUAGAUGUCAUACCAGUUUGACAUUCGCUGAGUUGGUACAUUUCGUUCCGAUUGAAGCCACCAACAAAAACCACAUUUCUCAUCAAAAGAGUUGGCACGUUUCGUUCUGAGUGCAGUCUUGACCAGAUGUAUAGUUUUUCGCGUUUUUUUUUCCAGCCUCUUUCGGUCCAGGAGUUACGUUUCUCGGUGUGGCAUUCGUGUGAAUUAUUUUAGUACAGUGAAGGGAAAACUGGGCAAUUAACAAGUUGAAGAUUCAUUUUUCAUUUUGAUUCAUCAAUUUUUUUUCUUUUAAUUUUUGGUUAGAAUUGUUUUGGUUUAUUGGUAAUGGUAACUCUUGGGCUUGUUGAAGAUAGUUUAAGUGUACGAAUGUUUAUUGGCUUGAGAUAUUCUUUAUGGCCUUUUUAGGUCACUCUUUUUUUGCUUUUGGUUGGAAUGUAUUAUUAUUCAAGAUAUAUUAUAUUGUAAAUGCUGUGAGCUUUUAUUUCGCUA